AUGGAACGCUCUAGCAAGCUGGCCGAUCUCAAACUCGUUUCCAAGUACUACCCUAUUACCAACUACUCAUACCCUCAGCAACCGGAACGCCCAUCGCAAUAUAUACGGAGUCGCUUCUCAGAUGACAGGGCGUCUUUGGGAUCUGAAGGGUCUUCGCCCAGUCUGAUCGAUGAUCGAACGGACUCAGAAGUCUCUCUGGAUGAUGACUACCAGUACCAUGCCCAUGGUGCGGAGCUAUGGGACAGUUUCUGGCUUCCAAGCAAAUCAACCAAGCUUGAACUUCAACCUAGGAAGCAAAAUAUGGCCUCUAUUCCAAUCACCCAACAACAGCAACGUCAAAAGCACCAGGAACUGAAGCAACAACAGCAAAGAUGGCAAAAGCAGGCAGAGGAGUACCGCGCCAAGGCGUGGCCUCUUUCUGGAAACGCUCGCACCCAAGGUCGAAAGCCGACAACAACCUAUUCCCCUUUCCCAAAACCACUCCCUUUGCCACCUCGAACUGUACCACAAGUCCCAUCAUGGCAAUGCUCUCGAGAUGUGAUGCAAAAGCCUCAACGCCCACCUCGCCCGCACGAAGAAGUUUACGUUUUCCGUUCUCUCCAGAACUCACCCCUUGUUGCACACUUUGCUGUUUCUCAAGACUCGCCUCGUCCUAUUACACCAAAGGAUAACCGUCCAACAACAGCACAAGAGACACAACUUCCAACGCCCCCAGAACGUGAUUCCUACUUUGAAACCGCCUCACACCAGCAUGCCAAACGUCUUUGUUCUACAAACUCCCAGCCUCCCGCUUCUGUCAUUCUCCCAAAGAAGUCCCUCCCUUGCAUGCGGCCUCUACCGCCAACGCCACCACCGGAGGCGGAAGAGGCUCCGGAAGCAGAGCCCCACUCGGUCUUUGAGUACGAUGAUGAUUCUGAUGUUGAAUCUGGGGGUCGUUCGUUCUGGUUUCAUCGUCGGUCGGGAAGUGACCCGCGCAAAACAGGCCAGCGAACUGCCCCUUCAUCGCCGCGCAAGCGACAAAAUGAUGUCCUAGGGCGGAUUCUAGGACGACGCAGUCGAGGCUGA